UAUAAAAAGAGUGAGGGGCUUAGAGGAAAAGCAGUACCUCUCCGACUUGUAAAUCUUGGUGGCCAUCGGCUGAGCUACUACUCUCACUGCUUCCAUCUCCUGCUCUGGAUUUCUGCCUGGUCCCAGCGGCUCUCUCCAAAGUCCCAACAUGCAGAUCCUGGUGGUGUUAGCAGCUUUCAUGGGGGUUCUGCUCAGUGUCAGAGCAGCUGCCGUGCUUUCUGUGGAGGACAGGAGCCCCAUGCAGGGGCUGAACAGGGGACAGGACCUAAGCAAACAGCGCAAAGAGCUGAUCCUGAAACUGGUGUCCAGCUUGCUAGAGGGGGCAUUGGACACCAACGUGCUCCCAGAAGAGACGUCACCCGAGGAGCUGGAGGAGCCGCUGGAGUCGCGGCUGGAGGAGAGGGCUGUCUACAACAGGCUAUCGCUGCCUCAGCGUGACCGCAAGGCGCCCUGUAAAAACUUUUUCUGGAAAACCUUCACCUCCUGCUAACAGAAAAAAAAAAGAAUCAGCACAACCCACUGCCAGCCCCUCAUGAACUUUAGUGGAACUUAGCUGUGCACAUCACCUCCACUUGUCAGACAUGCAGCAUUGAUGGACUUCACGGGACACACUGUCUCUUAUUAACACAUGUACUGUAUUUAUGUACCUAUUUAUUUGUGUAUACUAUGUAUGUAUUUAUCGAUGUGUUUAUUUUCUUUUUAGAGUUCUGAAUAAAUCUUGUUAUAUUUGCACAUGGUAAAAUAAAUACAUCUGUCUUUCCACCUGCUUAGAAAAUAGAAGUGUUGAAUGGCAAAAU